AUGUUUGAGAUGGACGAGAUGAGAAGCCCUGGGGCCAACGUCGAGCCCCAGCACAGUCGCGAAGGUCGUCUCCAGCGCAUCAUAAGCCAGAUCAGCCAAAUCGACGAGCAAGAUGCGAGAUCUCGCUACCGCGAAGAAACCCGAGACGAGAAUGUCGCCGACGACUGCCACGGCAUAACGUCGUCGGAGGAAGUCAGGAAGUUCGUCGCAUUUGAGCCUGACGAUCCGGAGAAUCCGUACAAUUGGACUGGCAGAAAGAAAGCAUCGAUCGUAGUCACGACGAUGGCCACAGUUGUAAACAGCACAAUGGCCAGUUCCCUGCCUAGCAAUGCUAUCCCCUACAUGAUGGAGGAGUGGCACGUCAAUUCGACGUCGCAGCAGGUUCUGCCCAUCUCCAUGUUUCUCGUCGGAUACGUCUUCGGCCCAAUCAUGUGGGCACCUCUGAGUGAGCAAUUUGGUCGGAAACGGUUCACGAUUGCAACAUUUGUCGUCUUCAGCCUCUGGACUCUGGCCUGCGCUCUCGCACCAAACUGGCCUGCUUUUCUUGUCUUUCGUCUCUUCGUGGGCGCCUUUGCCAGUGCGCCCAUUGCCGUCGUCACUGGCAUCUUGGCAGACAUAUAUAACGAGCCUCAAGCCAGAGGAAGAGCCAUGGCCGUUUUCAUGGCGACAACCGUCUUCGGCCCCCUCCUCGCACCAAUCAUCUCAGGCUACUGCUCCCCGAACAUCGGCUGGCGGUGGACCUUUUGGAUCGGCCUGAUCUACGCCGGAGCAACCUUGAUUCCUCUUCUCCUCCUCCUGCCUGAGACAUCCGGCCCCAUCAUCCUCGUCCAGCGCGCCCGGAAGCUCCGCCGCCAGGACCCCGACUCGACUGUCGUCGCCCCUCACGAGCUUGAGCAGCUCGACCUCCGGCAGCUCGCAGCGCGGGUCCUCACGCGCCCCGUCCGCAUGCUCUUCACCGAGCUCAUCGUGUCGGCGACCUGCGUCUACCUGGCACUGUGCUACGCCAUCUUCUACAUGACCUUCCAGGCGUUUCCCAUCAUCUACGAGGACCUGUACGGUCUCUCCGCUGGCGUCGAGGGCCUGUGUUUCUUGGCUAUUGGCGGCGGGGCCCUGUGCGCGCUGCCCGUCUUCUUCGGGUGGGACGCUUACCUCAGACGGGCGCUGGCGGAGGACAGGCCGUGGACACGGCGCGAGGAGUACAGGCGGCUGCCGCUGGCGUGUCUCGGGGGUCCGCUGUUUGUGGUCUCGUUAUUCUGGCUGGGGUGGACGUCGAGGGAGGGCGUGCCGUUCUUUGUGCCGAUGUUGAGCGGGAUCCCCUUUGGUAUGGGGUUUCAGCUGAUCUUUAUGGCUUUGCUCAACUACCUAACCGACGCCUACGAAAUCUACGCCGCUUCCGCCAACGCAGCCGCGUCCUGCUCCAGAUCCCUCCUGGCAACAGUCCUUCCCUUUGCCGCGACGCCCAUGUUCAACCGCCUCGGCAUCGACGGCGCCUGCAGCCUCCUGGGCGGACUGAGCUGUCUGAUGUGUGUCAUCCCUUUUGUGUUCAUCUGGAAGGGAGAGAGGUUGCGGGCGGGCUCGAGGUUCUACGCAGAGCCGUUGAGCCCAGGGGUCAUAUCGGGGCGUGAAGUGAGGGUCGACCGGAAUGCCUGA